AGGCCAAACCCCACAGCAAUUGAAGCAAGAUCUGAUCAGGAGAGAACAGUUCAUUCCUUGUCUCUCUCUCUACCUGGAUAUAUUUGUCUGCUCAGAACCCGCCUUCACUGCCAACUGACAGGAGCCUAUAUUUAUUUGCUUAUAAAACUGUUACAAUAAAUGAUUAUUCAAACGGCGUCAUUCAUCCCUUAAUGACGAGCCCUAGUUUUUGAUGAAUGACAUUUGUGCUCUGGGAAGGAUGUAUGGGUCAUUUUGACCAGUCAUUCCAUCGCUUUGGCAUCCUACAAUUUUUACGCAACGCGAAAAAAAGAAGAUAAUAUUUAGAGACACUGGCAGGCUGAAUGUGAAUUGGCCCCUGCUGCAGGCACAUCAUCAUUACUACAGCACCAACCCUUUCACUUUGACUUUUUUUUUUCUUCCCUCUCUCUCUUCACAAAGCUGAGAUGAUGGAAAGGAUAAGAAAAGAGAUGAUUCUCAUGGAAAGAGGUCUGCACAGCCCAACCACAGGCAAGAGGCUUUCUAAUUUAUCCGACUCAGCUGGGAAUGCAGUGUUGGAGGCCUUGGAAAAUGCACAUCACACUGGCCGCCUGAGUCCCAGGCUAACUUCUUCCUCCAUGCAUGGAUCUAUAGGGGACCUACCCAGCAAAGGCAAAUUUGAAAUAGACACUUUGUUCGGUAUCUCUCACCCCAACGGGGAGGCUGCUUCGGAGAUCUCUGACAGGGGGAAGAAGAUCAACCACCAGUAUUCAGAAGUAGCUUCAGAAGCAGAUAUGAACAGUGAUGUGGAAGUGGGGUGCUCAUCUCUGCGCUCCCCCAGCAGCCAGCUGAAGGACACCCUCAGCAAAGAGAGUGGUUCAGUGGCCAGUACCACCAGCUCCUCUGCAAGCUCUGGAUUAGGCAGCCUCAAUAAUCCCGUGGGGAGCUCCAGCUCAGCUGCUGACCAGGUGCGCCGGUACAGGACAGCAUUCACUCGGGAGCAGAUAGGCAGGCUGGAGAAGGAGUUCUACCGGGAGAAUUACGUGUCACGGCCCCGGAGAUGCGAGCUGGCAGCUGCCCUCAACCUCCCCGAGACAACCAUCAAGGUGUGGUUCCAGAACCGGCGGAUGAAGGAUAAGAGGCAACGUUUGGCCAUGUCCUGGCCUCACCCGGCAGACCCAAGCUUCUACACCUACAUGAUGACCCACGCUGCAGCCACAGGAAGCCUUCCUUACCCCUUCCAUUCCCAUGUGCCUCUGCACUACUACCCUCACAUGGGGGUGACGGCUGCAGCGGCGGCAGCGGCGGCCUCCGGGGCAGCGGCUUCUCCUUUUGCCACCUCCAUCCGCCCCCUGGACACUUUCCGCGCCCUGUCACAUCCCUACUCAAGACCGGAACUACUUUGCAGCUUCAGACACCCGGGUCUCUACCAAUCCCCAGCCGGGAUCAAUAGCACUGCUGCAGCCGCGGCCGCAGCGGCUGCCGCCGCCGCCGCCUCUGCUCCGGGCUCCACUCCCUGCUCUUGCCUCAGUUGUCACAGCAACCAGGCGGCGUCAGCACUGGGCGCAGCCAGCAGGGGCUCCGAUUUCACGUGCACGGCGGCCUCCCAGAGGUCGGAGAGUAGUUUCCUUCCCUAUUCUGCAGCAGUACUUAGCAAAACCUCUGUCACCCCUCCGGACCAAAGAGAGGAUACCCCUCUAACUAGAUAACUCCCCACACCACCCCAGGCAACUCCAUAUAUCCCCCCAAGUCUGCACUGAUGGCUGCAGAGAGGACUGAUGGUACCAUACCGACCAACGAGGGCGAUAUUUUAUUUAUGCAUUCACAAUUAACCACGAAUGAACACGAUUAUUUGAUUCCAAUGAACUGACAAGGGGUCUAAUCACAUCCUUACAAAAUAUUGUUACACCACAUUAGACAUUUUGGUUGACUUACUAAAGGAGUUGGGAAUGCUCACUAAAAAAAAACGAAGGUUAAUUUCAAUGGUCCAAUCAUGUGCAGAACUAAUAAACAAAAGUUGGCUUUUCACAUCUUUGAAAUACUGACUUCACUCUUUUUUUUAGCGAACUUUCUGAACUCCUUUAGUAAAUCAGUGGGUUAUAUAGCUGGAUUUCUCUAAACCUUUCAGCUGAAAAACACACCAUGGCUUUCUGUUUGUUCUUGGUUUAUUGGAGGGUUACAAGCUUGUGUUUCACUCAAUAUUGGCCUUAUUUUUGUAGGCCGGUCGUUAUAUAAAUAUAUAUAUAUAUAUAUAAAUAUCUAUCAAAUGUUAUUACUUUAAUUAUUUUGUAUCUGGAAAAUACUUGAAUCUGAAGAUAGGACAUAUGUCAUGGCAUUGAGAUGGGGGCGUGUCAUUUUUGUCUCAGCAUUGACCUAGGCACCAUGAUUAAUUAGAUAGACCACAUCUACCCCAAGUAAAUCCGCCUAGCUUAUGCCUGCUGCCUGCUUGCCUGCCUGCCACUGGGUAACACAAAUUUGCUUUCCCAGACCCCAGUUCCUGCAGGGAGUUUCCUGAACUUUGAAAAACACAUCACAAACUAGCAGCGUUAUUGCCAUGUCACUUCUGAUGCUAAUAAUGUGUAGAUUAUGA